AUGUUGACUGAUCAACUCCUGGCCAAGUUCAAAGAACAUCCGUACUUGUACGUGCUGUAUCUGAUUGCCGCUCUCGUCACGAGCCGGGCACUUUUCAAUAGAUACGGCCAUGGUAUCAGCCGCAUCCCGGGUCCAUUCCUGGCUUCUUGCACGGAUCUGUGGCGGGUUUUUGUCGUAUGGCAGAGACGGCCGGAACUGAAACACAUCAAACUUCAUCAACGACAUGGUCCGCUAGUUCGACUGGGUCCGCGGGCAGUAUCUAUCUCAGAUCCCGCGGCCAUUCAAAUCAUCUACGCGCUGAAUUCUGGCUUCACCAAGUCAGAGUUCUAUCCUGUCCAACAGACCAUCGCCAAGGGUCGUCGACUCCUGACACUAUUUACUUCCACCGACGAGAAAUUUCAUGCCAAACUGAGACGGGCAGUCAACAAUGCAUAUGCUAUGAGCACCUUGGUGCAAUUCGAGCCUCUGGUUGAUUCCACGGUGCUGGAAUUCUUGAAUCAGCUGGAGAAGAGGUUCGCCGAUCGAGCUGGGCCUGCUGGCGUUUGUGACUUUAGCAAAUGGCUGCAAUACUACGCAUUUGACGUGAUAGGCGAGCUUACAUACUCGAAACGCUUGGGGUUUAUCGAGAGGGGGAGAGAUGUCGACAACAUCAUCAAGGAUCUACAAUGGUUACUCAAUUACGCAGCGGUGGUCGGUCAACUCCCUAUUCUGGACAGACUAUUUCUCAAAAACCCUCUUCGUCUGACUGCAAGCAAAUACAACCUGCUCAACUCGAACUCGCCUGUUGUCAACUUUGCACGGAGCAGAAUUGCGGCGAGACCAGAUGUGGCAGAAGGAAACGAAAAAAUUCCCGCCGGGCCCGAUGGCAAGCCUGGACGAAGGGACUUCCUUUCAAGAUUCUACGAAGCUCAUCGCAAAGACCCCGAAUUCAUGACCCAUGACCGGGUCCUGGCGGUGACGGUAGCCAACAUGUUUGCCGGGUCAGACACAACAGCCAUCACGCUCCGUGCCAUCUUCUACAACCUCCUGAGAAACCCUGGCGACAUGAAGAGGUUGAUGGAAGAAUUGAAGGAAGUGCCAGCCAGCGAGGAAGGGCUGUUGGCUUGGAAUGACGUGCGAGACCUUCCGUAUCUCAACGCUGUCAUCAAGGAGACACUGCGAUGCCAUCCCGCUGCCGGCUUGACUUUGGAGCGAAUUGUGCCUGCUGGUGGCGUGACAAUCUGUGGCGCGUUCAUUCCGGCAGGAACUAUUGUGGGAUGUAAUGCGUGGACAGUCCAUCGAGAUGGUCUGUUUGGAGAACGAACCGACCUGUACCGGCCUCAACGGUGGAUAGAUGCAUCGACCGAGCAGAAGCGAAUCAUGGACAACACAAUCUUCACAUUCGGCGCAGGAUCCCGGACGUGCAUUGGGAAGAACAUUAGCUUACUGGAGAUGUACAAGCUCGUUCCGGCUCUUUUGCUCAGAUUCGAGCUCGAACUUGCCGACCCCUCUAAACCCUGGAAGCUGCAUAAUGCCUGGUUUGUCAAGCAGGAGGAUUUCAAGGUGCGAUUAAAGAGUAGGAAGAAGCAUCGGUCGUGA